AUGGCAAAUAGAUGUAGUAAGGAAACUAGUCAGCUUUAUAGCAGACGUGAUAACUGGGAUGAAUAUUACUCAACAGCUAAUUUGUGUUAUAAAGAAAUGAGAGGACUAUCUUACGGAAAGGAAGAAGGGGAAAUUUCUGAUAAUGGAGAUGAUUUAAGUUGUCACUCCUGCAUUACAGCAGAGCAGUUGCAAUGUAUAGGGAGCAGUGAGUUUAUGGUCGAAUUAUUAAAGAACAAACAUCUUAGACAAAUGUUAAACGAUAUUAAUACAGCAGUUAAUCCUGAUGAAGCUUUAGCAAAAGCCAUGAACAUACCAAUUUUUGAGGAGUUGGCUUGCGAAUGUCUUUGUAUAAUUGCAAAUGAUUGA